AUGCCUUCCACACCAUCCAACCCGAGGAUUUCCACCUUUCCGGCGAAUACAGGCUUAGGACUCAAGCUCACCCCGUCGAACUCGCCUUACCCGCGUACGCCCAAGUCCCCAGGUAAAACUAGGGCGCCGUACGAAUCGGGCUUAUCUCUCCAGAGAAUAAUUGGCACCACUGUCUCUUCACCAACCGCAUUCGAUUGUCUAUCCUCUUCCCGGAUAUUUGCUUAUACAGCUGGAGCUGCGGCCGUAGUGGUAAACAUCGAUGACACUUCGAAUCACUCGCAACGCUUUUUUCGAGCACGGCCUGCGGCGGUUCCCUUGAACACUUCCAGUACCGUAUCAUGUGCGCCAUCUACACCAACAAAUACUGCGAAUGAUGGCAGAAAUCGAACUGUAGCGUCCCUUAGGGAUUCAGCCCUUGCAUAUUCUCCCUCAAGCCCACAUACGAGUCUAGAGUGGGGUGAUUCCCCGACUUCAAAAACAUGGUCAAGUAGGGAGAGGAUCAAGGCAGCUACUUGUCUUUCAAUCAGCCAGGAUGGGAGGUUUCUAGCUGUGGGAGAGACUGGAUACUCACCCCGGGUCCUGAUUUUCUCUCUCCAGGAUAGCUCCUCCGAUACUCCUCUGGCAAUUUUGAAUGAGCAUAUGUACGGAGUCCGUGCAAUUGCCUUCAGUCCAGAUCAGAAGUAUCUCGCAAGCUUAGGCAGUCCAAAUGACGGAUUUCUAUAUGUCUGGUCGAUUAACCAGCGGACCGGUGCUGCGAAGCUCCAUUCGAGCAACAAGUGUACCAGCUUCGUCAGGCAGAUGCUCUGGCUUGGGAAUAGCAUUGUCACGAUUGGGACACGGCACAUUAAAAUAUGGCGAGUUGAGGAUGUCCGCCGAAGCGUAUCACCAACGAAGCAGCGAUACACAUUAGACGGCACCCCGGUGCCUGUGCCUCCACCACCCAUGCUCAAGCCUCUAGCUGGGAGAAAUGUCCUCCUGGGACCACUUGUGGAGGCUACAUUUACAACUUUAGCAGCGAUAUCCAGCAAUAAGGCAAUCGUCUGCUCCGAUAAAGGAGAUGUUUGUCUGCUUGAUGAUGGCGAAGGCCAGAAGUUGAUGAAGUUAGCAAACACGGGUUUCUCUAUCACCUGCGUUGCGGUCGAUACACAAGCCCGCCGGGUGAGAAUUGGGGGACGUGAUGGGAGAGUCAAGUCCAUGAGCUUAGAUGACCUCAUGGCUCCAAGUACGCCUCCAGAAUCACCAGUGCCAACAGAUGACAACGUCACAUCUGAUGCCGGUCAUCUCUGCGCAAUGGGAUAUGCCGCUAAAAGCUUGAUUACGAUCAACUCAAAGCACAUGAUCCAGAUCUCAGAUACUAAUUCCGAUGACGUUGACCUGACAUUGCAAACCGCACCCUUUCCCACUCAUGGAGAUGCGGUUUUGGGAGUCAGACAAUUAUCCAAAGAUAACAGCAUGGACGCUGCUUUCCUCACGUGGUCUGCCAAUGGCACAAUCACGUUCUGGGAUCUAGCCGGUAGUAGCAAGGCAACCUUAAAGGUCCCACUUGAACAGCUUCUUGCAUCAUCAGAAGAUGAUGGCCUCAAUCAAUGUCUUGUUGCCCGCCCAUCUCAUGGCGCCAAAUUUUUGGUGACUGGCGACAAAUAUGGCGUCCUAAGGGUUAUGAACACGUCGAGUCAGAGUUGCGUGUUCGAGACCAGAGCUCAUAUGUCAGAUAUCCAAGAUAUUGCCCUUUUCGAGAGCGACGAGGCUACAUUGAUAGCUUCAUGUGGUCGAGAUAGAACCGUCCAAUUAUAUCGAUUGACCUCAGGUCAAUGGGGGCUUAUUCAAACACUAGAUGAUCACACUGCCAGCGUGUGUGGGAUUCUAUUUGCAGAGAACGGCGAGAAGUUGAUCUCAUGCUCUGCUGAUAGGACAGUUCACAUAAGGCAACUCGUGAAGAAGGAUGUUGGGGGUGAAGUUAUCAUGGGGGCUGUUCCCCUUAGAAUCAUCACUCUGAAGGCUUCUCCAGUCUCGAUGGCAGCGGGCUUGGGCGACCAGACAGGGGAUUUGGUUGUUUCCCUGCUGGACCGCACUAUUGGCACGUAUGAGAUCGGCACCGGACGCCUUAUCAGUUCGUUCCGGGCCACAGAUAAUGAAGGGGCUGAGGCUGUGGUCUUGGAUGCACUUGUUAUGGGAACGCCAAGCUCAUCAUCAGGGCGUCCAACAAUACUUGCAGGUGUUUCUGGGACUGAUAAGUCAGUAAGGUUGUACGAUGCAGUCACAGGAACCUUCCUAGAUCGUGAAUGGGGUCAUACAGCUGCGGUGACAGAUGUCGCUUUGCUUGACACGCCUGAUUCAGAUCACAAGUCACUCAUCAGUACCGGAUCAGAUGGUACCAUAAUGAUCUGGGAUCUGUCGCCGACGCCCCCCGAAUCUCAAGAUCCAAAUGAUUUACUUCCUACCAACGGUGAUCCAUGUCCUCCCAAGGACGCUCCAUCAGCCCGACCUCCACUGAGGAGAGUUCUUUCUAGAGCUGAAUUAGCCGAGUUCCAACGAGCCUCGCCCGUCUCAACACCGACAGGUAACCGUUCCCCUCCUAGGACACUCCGGCGAAAAACUUCAAAAUACAAUAUGAGUGCACAAUCACCCACCCUAGCGCCGCCUCCUUUGCCCCCGACGAAUUCGAAACACUUUGCUUCGUCGUCAGAUGACUCCGCUGUCCGCAGGGGUAAUGCCCGAAACAGAUCUAGAAGUCCACCAAGCCCAAAGGGAAGAGACAUGAGACGCCCAUCUCUCGCAUCCCUAGACCAGCGGGGCAGCAGAUCUAAAGGCACAGGAAACUUUAGUGAGUUUGGGACGCUCAACAUGGCAACCGAACAAGCCUGCCGCACAUUACGCUCGUACCGGAAGAAGCUCUUAUCAUCCGAGUCCGUGAAGCAGGAAUCUUUGAGGGAACUCGACCAGGAGUUGCGGUUGACGGCCAUGGCGUUGGGAGAGAAAAGCAUCAAGUCCAAGGCGAUAAGCGAAACCGUCUUGACAGGCUUGCUCGAUCAAUACUCUGACAGAUUAGUUUCUAUGUUUGACGAGAAACUUAGGUUGACGAAAAUCGACUCUAAUAAUGACAGUCCUCCAGAAGACAUGGAGCGACCGAAGACAGCCGGGAACCUAGUAGUUUCACGAGCAGUAUAA